AUGGCGGGCCAAUGCAACGCCGUGGAAGGAGAGACGCGGCAAGACUGCCGCUGCCUUCACUUUGUGGCGACGGAUGAGGACGAAAAGCUCUGCCUCUGCAACCACACCGUCAACUACCACGCACUCCCGCCAGCAAGACAGGUCUUUUCUGCUCCUCAAAGAGAAGAGCAAAGAACCAGGUUUCCAGUCGAGGGUGGAGGCAGAAGAAGAUCAGAGCCAGCACGUGCCCCAGCCAAUGACGAAGCGCAGGCGGAACUAGAGGUGGGAGAAUCGGCACAGGCCUCUCCUGACCCCGUCCUGUUGAGCAACUACAGCGCGUUCCUAGAGGAGCUGCAGGGGCCUGAGAAGACCGCAGACUUUGAGCUGGCACCGCACCCCCAGUAUGGAUACAUGAGCGUCAAGUGCAAGCCCUGCGACCGGGUGCUGGGACUGAGCCGGUCUAAGUCGAAGAACCGCUUUCUCAGCAACAUCCGCAGCCAUCUGGUGAGCUCGGGGCACCUGAGGAGGAUGGAGGGCCGGCCAGUGUUAGGCAGCGAGGCAGGCAGCGAUGCAGGUGGAAGCCUUAAUGCGGAAAGCUAG